AUGCCUUAUUCGGACCAAGAUUUGCAUGAUGCGCUGGCCAAAGUGCGCGAAAAAGGCGCCUCUGUGCGAGCCGCCGCCCUCGAGUUCUCCAUCCCUUAUACCACCUUACGAAGCCGCCUACACGGGAUCCAGCUGCGCCGCGAGGCUCACAAAUCUAGUCAAUUGCUCUUGCGUAUACAGGAAGAAGCCCUCGCAAGAUGGGUCUUGAUCCAGGAGGGCCUAGGAGCCGCGCCUACUCACGCCUAG